AUGUCGACGGCAGAUGUCGUGCCUGGAUUGACGACUUUAAUUAGUUCGCUGUGGCACCGACGACGGGACUCGGAGCUAAUGCCCCGCGACGACCGCCUUGUCAACGUCCAAUACUUCAAUCCAUCGCACAUGCGGCAGAAAGGGGCAGAGGGAUUGCUGGGACAGAAGCUGCACGGCGCAUCCCGUGUCAUGUCCAGCUCGCGAUACGGCGCCAUGGAAUGCGUCAUUGUGCAGAUGCUGGAGUGCGUUUGA